AUGGUUUCUCGAUCCCCGCCAGUGGGCACCCCACUGCUGAAAUCCUCUGUUCCCGAGACGCCUUUCAAAGAUGCGCCAAAACCAGCACCGCAAACGGUACCUUUCCCUUCACCACAGACAUUUGAGAUAAUCCCACCAUUGCAUGGGAUUCUUUCUCGCUUGCUUUCCUCCAAAGGCCAGUCGGACGUACCCGGGGAUACAACCGGGGUUUCAGGAGCUUCCCAGGUGCAGACCCAACAAACACCUUCAAACAUCUCUAAUGGUGCACACGAUGGCAACACUACCUCUUCGCAUGCCGCACCAGAAGUAUCAGAUCUCGGCUCAAGUGUCCGCCCGUCGCUCGAUGUGAAAACCCUCCCUACCGAAACCAGCUCUGUCAGGAUUCGAAUUCAGAAGGCUCGUACAGUCGUUGAAGGGUUGCCAGAUGUGCAUCGGUCAGUCGAUGACCAACAAAGAGAGAUUUCAGAGCUGGAGGAUAGUGUGAGACGUUUGCGCUCUGUCAUCUCUGACUUUGGGAAUCGAGCAGGAAUGCUACAUGAGGACAAUACGAGGACCGUGGAGGCAUGA